UUGUCACUGCCUGUCUUUUAAACAAUUGGAACAGCCACACAUGCGCAGAAACCUUCCUUGGAUGUUAUUAUCAUUAUUUUUAAUCAUUUGUAUUCCCAGGCUUUCAAAGCUGAGACAUGCAGGUAAUUUUGAUUUUGCGCUAUAUCAAAGUUGCAGUUUCAUGUUUUUAUUAUUGUAUUAGUUGCUGUGUGGCCCGCAAGUGAAACAAAUGCUAUUCCUAGAUGGUUUUCAUUACACAAUGCACGCUGGGUCCAUUAAUGUCAUUCUCACGCGUGGAUUAGUGUUCUUCGUCGACCACAAAGCUUGGUGGGAAUUAUGGAUCCCUAAAAGAGAAGGUAGAGUACCCGCGCGCACUCCACACUAUGAGUUCACCAAAUUUACGCACACGCGUUCACCAAUACACAUGUGGACAAGUGCAAUUGACAGGAAUCGCCUAUUUCAUGCAUGUCAAGGGUCAAUUAUUUUAUGUUUAGCGAAAACUCCAGCGAGAUAUCCAAGAGUUGUCAGCAUUGCGUCAUACACGCACGAUUAGAUAGAUGGUCUGACGUCGCCGUGAGCCAUUCGCUCAAAAAUAAAUCAAUCCGUGGAACGUUUUCAAAUGGGAAUCGAUCGUUUCAAAGCUAGAGCGGGCACCAGUGAAGAAAUCCAGGUUUACGCGUACGUGGCGAAAUAAGGCACCAUGCCAACCUCGUGCGUAAAUUCACAUUUGAUCGUCCCACAUUGUAAUCCGCCGCACACGUGAGGGACAAAUCGCUUCAUAUUUUUCGUUCGCGUGGACCUACGCGGCCACACACUGAACCCGAUCGCGACAAAGUGAGCAGGCUGGCUGGAUUACGUGCACAGAGGACUCUUGGAAGGACGCACGCACGCACACGCGUCUGAAUGAGCGCGCGUCACCCUUCUUGUCACCCCACGCAGACUGUUCCACGUGUUGUGUAUCCUGCCGGUUGACAAAGGCGCCCCAAAUUGCCCAACACACAUCAGCAGGGGGGAUUCUGUCACGUCCAGCAAAUGUCGAAGAAACGGAAAAGUCUUGACGAUUUGGGAUUCGAGGAGUCUUCCCUGCAAGGAUGCAGUGAUCAAGGCUUGACAGAUGAGAAAGUGAAGGCCUACCUCUCUCUGCACCCGCAGAUGCUGGAUGACUUUGUGCUGGAGAGUGUGAGCGCCGAGACGUUGGACAGAUGGUUGAAGAGGAAGACCAGCAGCAGGCCUGCAGAUGACACAUCAUCUAAAGAGGUCAGCAGGCAGUACCAGGAUGCAAACAUGCAGGGUGUGGUGUAUGAACUCAACAGCUACAUGGAGCAGCGCCUGGACACUGGAGGAGACAACAAGCUGCUGCUCUAUGAACUCUGCAACAUCGUUAAAACAGCAACAAGAGCUGAUGGAUUUGCACUUUACUUUUUGGGAGAAUGCAACAAUAGUUUAUUGUUGUUCACCCCAACGAGGACCAAGGACGGUCCCCCAAGCCUUGUCCCUUCUGGCCCCAUCGCAUUUGGGACAACCAUUGCAGCUCAUGUGGCCAAGACUCGCAAAACACUCCUAGUAGAAGACAUCAUGGGGGACGAGCGCUUCCCAGAUGGCACAGGGCAGGACUCAGGGAUCCGUGUUCAUUCUGUCUUGUGCCUCCCCAUCCUCACUGCCAUCGGGGACCUCAUCGCCAUCCUGGAGCUGCGUCGGCACUGGGGAAAGGAGCCCUUCAACCUCAGCCACCAAGAGGUUGCAACAGCUAACUUAGCGUGGGCCUCAGUUGCCAUUCAUCAAGUACAGGUGUGCCGAGGCCUCGCCAAACAGACUGAGCUCAAUGACUUCCUACUAGAUGUGUCAAAAACAUACUUUGAUAAUAUUGUGGCAAUAGAUUCUCUACUUGAACACAUUAUGAUAUAUGCAAAAAACCUGGUGAAUGCCGACAGAUGUGCACUCUUCCAGGUAGAUCAAAACAACAAAGAACUGUAUUCUGACCUGUUCGAUAUCGGUGAGGAGAAAGAAGGCAGGCCGGUCUUUAGGAAAACCAAAGAAAUUAGGUUUUCUAUAGAGAAAGGAAUAGCUGGUCAAGUGGCUCAGACAGGGGAAGUCUUAAAUAUCCCAGAUGCCUAUGCAGACCCGCGGUUUAACCGAGAGGUGGACCUGAAAACAGGUUACACCACGCGGAACAUCCUGUGCAUGCCCAUCGUGAGCAGGGGGACUGUUAUCGGAGUAGUGCAGAUGGUGAAUAAGUUAAGCGGUAGUGCCUUCACUAAAACAGAUGAGAACAACUUCAAGAUGUUUGCUGUCUUCUGUGCCCUGGCCUUACACUGUGCAAAUAUGUACCAUCGAAUUCGCCACUCUGAAUGCAUUUACAGAGUGACAAUGGAAAAACUGUCUUACCACAGCAUCUGCACCUCAGAAGAAUGGAAAACCCUCACUCAGCUCAACCUUCCCACUCCCAUUUAUAAAGAGAUCGAAAUGUUUCACUUUGACAUAAGUCCCUUUGAGGAGAUCUGGCCUGCAGUUUUCAUCUAUAUGGUUCACAGCUCCUGUGGAAAGACCAGCUUUGAGCUGGAGAAGCUGUGUCGAUUCACUAUGUCUGUACGCAAAAACUACCGGCGUGUGCCCUACCACAACUGGAAGCACGCCGUGACCGUGGCCCACUGCAUGUAUGCCAUCCUACAGAAGACCCCUGAAACCUUCACAGAGCUUGAGAAGAAGGGACUCUUGAUAGCCUGCCUUUGUCAUGAUCUGGACCAUCGAGGGUACAGCAACACUUAUCUGCAGAAAUUUGACCACCCACUGGCUGCUCUCUACUCCACCUCCACCAUGGAGCAGCAUCACUUCUCUCAGACUGUCUCCAUUUUGCAGCUGGAAGGGCACAAUAUUUUCUCCAACCUGAAUUCCAGCGAGUACGAACAGGUGCUUGAGAUCAUCCGAAAGGCCAUCAUCGCCACGGACCUGGCCCUUUACUUCAAUAACCACCAGCAACUGUCAGAGCUUCUCACCUCAGGUGGUCUCAACUUUAACAACCAUUCACACAGGGACCGUGUGAUUGGUCUGAUGAUGACAGCAUGUGACCUGUGUUCUGUAACUAAGCAAUGGCCGAUCACACGACUCACAGCCAAUGACAUCUAUGCUGAAUUCUGGGCCGAGGGAGAUGAGAUGAAGAAGAUUGGGACGCAACCCAUUUCAAUGAUGGAUCGAGACAAGAAGGAUGAAGUCCCUCAAGGCCAAGUGGGAUUCUACAAUGCUGUAGCAAUUCCAUGUUAUACGACUCUCGCAGAUCUUUUCCCUCCAUCCAGUCCACUUCUAAAAGCCUGCAAGGAGAACUUGAGCCAAUGGGAGAAGAUCGUGCACGGUGAGGUGGAGGAUGUCGUUCCUAGCCGGCCUUCCAAUUCAGGACCUGUCAAAGUGGACAACUGACUACCAAAGGGUUGACUGCUUAUCAUAACAAGUUCAAACUGAACCUUGCCACAGUUAUGAAGCUUUUUUUAGGGGGGGUGGGGGGGAGCAGGAGCUGGAUCAGCAAAAUGGCGCCCUGACUUAACAAAAAACACAAGUUACCUCAAUGGGUGACGGUCGACGGAGGUGUCAAUGCUGAUGGUUUUACCGAUCCCAGAGACUGACUGACAGCUAACGGGGAGGAACUAAAAUUCAUCAUCCUCCGUUUGGGAAUUUAUUUGUUAGAAUGGAUUUGUGCCAUUUUGGUUGUUUAUGUGUUACGUUUUUAUUAUUAUUACUAUCUUAUUAUUGUUAUUCUAAUUAUUAUUUGAGUUGAUUCUUUGUGGUCUUGUAUUUGAGAGGCCUUACACUGAACCUUUCACAAGAAGGUAAUGUGAAACCUUGUUGUGCGGGUUCAUAUCCUUUUCAAAUGGUACUGUUUGCCUUCUGUGGUAAAUGAGUCAAUACUACUUCAGCAAGGUAUUCAGAGACAGAAGGAAUGUGUAGUACAUUGAACAUGCAUGGUGUAACAAUGCCACCUUAUAGAUGGGGGGACGUCAGAAUGUUUUUUUUUCUUUCUUACUUUUGAGCAAAUAUCCUUUGCAGUACUUGAAUAAAGACACACAACUUGUUUAAACACAGAGGUGGCAGAAAUCUCGCACGAUAUAUUUUACAACAAAAACAAAGGAUGGCCACGAGAAGAAGGGGAUUAUUGUAUGUUAACACUGUCACAAGAGAGUCACAAUGUGUGGCCCUGAAGUUGACCCCCAUCACAGCACUGCCCCCAGGCCAUCACUAGCACUUGGAACCUUCUGCAGUCACAUAUGUUUAAGACAGCUUGUAAACACUUUCCUGGAAUUUCCACACAUAGAAGAUAAGACGUGAUUGAUGGAAAUGCGACUCGAGCACUAUUCCGUGUCAUCAGUGUCAAAUCUGAUAAGAUGCAUGUAACUCUGGGAUUGUCCUGCAAGAUUGUUGCUUGAAUUUUUGCAGGUGUGUUUAACACGUCACCAUCCGCUCAGUCUGCUGCAAAUGAUUUUCCAAGAACUUCCUGAAUACUUUUUCUAAGUCUGUUCUGACAGGUUGUUCCAGUGGACGUAGUCCCGCUAAUAAUUUGAUUAUAAAUGCUGAAGUGGCCCCAACAGUGUGAAUGUUCAUUUACCGUGGAUAUAUAAAAAGUCUGCACACCCCUCUUCAAAUGCCAGCUUUAAAGAGAAGUCCUUACAAAACGUCCAUUAUUAAUGUGAUCGACCAAACGUAUAACUCAAAUUGGGCAAAAAAAAUGUCUUUUUGUGUGGGUAAUUAAAAUCAAACACCUGAGAGAAAGUGGUUGCACAAGUGCGCACACCCCGGCAUUUGAACAGGGAUGUGUAAACUUUUGCAUCCAAUGUAUGUUUUGUUGAUCCCCCUGAAUGUGGCAUGUGCAUUGAUGCGUUCUGUCUUACUGUUCAAAUUGCUUCCAGUAAGUUCCAACCAAGAGCAACAAUUAGCAUGCACUUAAACUUGACAUAUAAUUUACAUAUAAAGUACAGUAAUAGGUGUACUGUGUACAAUCUAGAAUCUAUAUUUGCUCUAAUGGUGCUAAACUGAAUGGCAGUCAUGCACUUUCAGUGUGUGUGUGUGUGUGUGUGUGUGUGUCUGCAAGAGCGUAUGAGUGUCUAUUAACGUUCACCCCACAUGGUUGAGAACACGGUGACGUCCACAACACUGCACUGUUCCUUCUACUUUUCAGCACCAGUUAUAUCAUUAUCUGCACUAUGUUUAGCAUAUCUUUAUUCUCUGUGAUAAUGAUUAUUGAUUAUUAAUAUUAUUGAUAUUAUACCUAUUAUUUUCUUAAUUAGAAUUAAAUUUAAAUUAACUUAUAUUUUUUAUACAAAGAAAAAUAAUGUUGGCCUUUUUUUGUUUGAGACGAAACGAAAUGGUCCAUACAUGUUACUGUUACCCAGAAUAAUUGAGGAAUGUUUCAAAUGUAAACGUAAAAGCACUAGCCAAAAUGACUUUUAAUAAAUACCUGUAAAAUA